UCUCUUUCUUUCCCUCUCUCUUUCUAUCUCCAUUCUUUCUCCUCUCUCAUUUCUUCUCCAAACCCAUCUCUUAAAACCCUAGCCCCAAAUUCACGGCAACAAAGACGACAUUCCCAUAAUUAAGAAAGUGCUGUAAAGAUGGAUGCAACUGUCAGAAGAUCAGCCAACUACAAGCCCAGUAUUUGGAGUGAUGAGUAUAUUCAAUCACUACAUAGUGUCUAUGGGGAGAGACGUUUCUUGGAACGAUCUGAGAAGCUUAAAGGUGAAGUGACGGUCAUGCUGGAGAACACAGACGAUCCAUUUGAUCAGAUUGAGCUAGUGGAUGUGUUGCAAAAACUUGGGAUAUGUUAUCAUUUCACGGAUUAUGUAGACGAAAUUUUGAAGAAUACUUAUGUUCUUGUUGAUGGUGAUCCAUGGAAUGUCGAGAACUUGCAUGCUGCAGCGUUGAGAUUUAGACUCCUCAGGCAGCAUGGAUACGACAUCUCUCCAGAGGUUUUCAGAAGUUUCGUGGAUCAGACAGGAAAUUUCAGGACAACCCUCUGUGAUGAUGUAAAGGGACUAUUAAGCUUGUAUGAAGCUUCAUACUUAUCGAUGGAAGGAGAGAGCAUUCUGGAUACAGCGAAAGUUUUUGCUACCCAUCAUCUCAAGCAAAAACUUAAGCAAAAUACUAACCAAAAUCUUGCAGAGGAAAUAAGCCAUGCUCUGGAAGUUCCAUAUCAUUGCCGAAUGCUGAGACUAGAGACGAGAUGGUUCAUCGACGCAUAUGAAAGGAGACGGGAUACGAACCCUCUUCUGCUGGAGCUUGCUAAACUGGAUUUCAACAUAGUGCAGAAAAUGUAUCAGGAUGAACUGAAGGAGUUGUCAAGGUGGCAUACAAAUACUCGUCUUGCAGAGAAGUUGAAGUUUGCUAGGGAUCGAUUAGUGGAGUGCUUCUUCUGGACUGUGGGAUUCACCUUUGAGCCUUGUCAUAGAUAUUGCAGGAUAAUGUCCGUGAAAUUUGCAGUAUUGAUAACAAUCAUAGAUGAUAUUUAUGAUGUUUAUGGCACACUGGAUGAACUGGAACUGUUCACAGAUGCAGUCGACAGGUGGGAUGUCAGUGCUUUAAAACUUCUUCCAGACUACAUGAAAAUAUGUUUUCUUGCUCUCUAUAACACUGUUAAUGAAAUGGCUUACGACGUGCUCAGAGACCAAGGAUUCAAUAUUAUCCCACACUCUACAAACAGGUGGGCAGAACUCUGCAAAAAGUACAUGCUGGAAGCACAAUGGUACUACAGUGGAUAUAAACCAAGCCUGAAAGAGUUUCUGGGGAAUGGUUGGGUUUCAAGCACUGGCCCUCUGCUUCUGGUUCAUGCUUAUUUUUCCAUGACAAAUCCACUGAAAGAUGAGCCUUUGGAGGAUUUACAGAAACACCCUGAAAUUAUCAAAUGGACAUCACUAGUUUCUCGUCUUGCAGAUGACUUGGGAACUUCAUCUGAUGAGUUGAAGAGGGGUGAUAACGCAAAAUCUAUCCAGUGCUACAUGCAUGACACUGGUUGCUGUGAGGAAGAUUCGCGCAGCUUCAUCAAGAAUCUUAUUGAAUCGACAUGGAAGAAAAUCAACAAGGACAUACUAAUGAAUCAUGAUUACUCCAAGGAUUUCAUAAAAACUUCAAUCAAUUUUGCCAGAAUUUCCCAAUGCAUGUAUCAGUAUGGAGAUGGGCAUGGAAUUCCAGACCGGGAAUCAAAAGCACGUAUACUCUCCUUAGUCAUUGAACCCAUUCCUCUUUCAUAGAAAGCCCCAAGAUAAUUCGUGAUUACUGUAUCAAAUGCAGAAUGUAAUCUGUUUUUAAAAUUUUGUGGUGUAAUAUUUUGAUAUUUUGCUCAGAGAAUGGAAUUUGUCUUCAUUAUCAAUCUCAACACACCAACAAUACAAGUGUAAAUAUCCAGGAAACCUAACUGCACAAGCAACAUAAAUCCCUUACACUCGGUAUCCAGUAAACUACUCUUAUGAAAUGUCAACAAAUAAGCUCAAUUUCACUUAAGAGUGAUGAUUUAAUACCUAUGAUUCUAGAUCUUGAGCCUUCUGGAUGCCUAUAAGACGAGCAUAAUCAACCCAC